AUGUUCCUCUCGUUGCGUGCCCCCUGGCGCCUCCUACACGCCAUAUUUCUCACAAUAGCCCUCGUAAAAGCCCAACAACCCUCAGAAGAAGACUUCUCUCCGGAGGACGUAAUAACACGCGAUGUGUGCAUUCUCGGCGGAGGUGCAACAGGCACCUACGCAGCGAUCCGUCUAAAAGACAUGAACAAAAGCAUCGCAGUCGUCGAGCGCAACGACCGCCUCGGCGGACAUACAGAAACCCUCUACGUCGAGAACGGUGAUCAUGUCGAUUACGGCGUGCAAGGCGUCUUCAACUACGAUAUCUCGAAGAAUUUCUUCAAUCGACUCGGCGUACAAUGGAAACCGGUCACGCCGGGCUCCCUCAUCAAUAAAUACGUCAACUUCAAAACCGGACACGAAGUCCCUCCUCCCUCCCCCGCCGCUGUAGACACCGUCGCAGCCCUCCUUGUAUACCGUACUGCUAUCCUCAAAUUCGACUACCUCAAAGACGGCAUCUAUAACCUUCCCGACCCCGUCCCAGAAGAGCUCCUCUGGCCGUUUAGCAAGUUCGUCGAGAAAUAUAAGUUCGAAGCCGCCCUCAGGGUGAUAUACACCUUCGCCAAUGCAUUAGGCGAUAUGCUCGCCAGCCCAACGCUAUACGUUAUCCAAGUAUUCGGUAUCUCACACAUAGACAUUUUCCUCCAAGGAGGAUACAUCACGCCGAACAACGGGAUGUCCGAACUCUACCGCAAAGCUAGCGAGGUCCUAGACACAGACGUUCUAUAUAGUGCCAAAGCCACGAAGACCAUACGCUCAGACACCGAAAUCAAAAUACUCACCCAAGACACCUCUGGGAAGAAAAAGCUCAUCAAAGCUAACAAACUUCUCAUCACCUUCCCCCCCAUCCCCGAGAAUCUAAAUGGCUUCGACCUCUCCCCGGAAGAAAUAUCCCUCUCCACCAAACUCCUCUGGAAAACCUACUACGUCGCCGUCCUCAAGAACACAGGAAUCCCCAACGACAUCAACGUCCAAAACGUCGACCCGGACCAGAAGCCAGGGAAUCUCCCACUAGCCCCUUUCCAAUGGGCUCUCCAGGACAUGGGUCCCAAUAACUACCUCGCGAGCAAGAUCAUUGGAGACAUGAACUUCACGGACAUGCAAGCCCGGGACCUCAUUGUUGCUGAUUUACACCGUAUGGGAACGGCGGGCACCUUUGAUAUCCGGAAGGAUUGGGAGAUAGCGGCUUUUGGGAACCAUAAUCCGACGUCGUUGAUGGUGGGGGUGGAGGAUAUUCGGGAUGGGUUUUAUCGGAGGGUGUAUGACUUGCAGGGACGGAGGGGCACGUUUUGGACGGGGUUGACUCUUGUUUCGGAUUAUUCGGCUUUGUUGUGGCAGUAUACGGAGUCUGUUGUUGGGGAGAUGGUGAAGGGGGAUUAA